AGCGAGGAGAGAGAAAAGCACGAAAUCCCCCAAAAAAGUUGAAAAUUUUUCGAGCCCUCUUUCAUUCGCUCCGAUCACCACCACGCAUAAACUCCAUAAAAUUUCAGGUGAUUAUUGAAGAAAUAAGAAUCAGAAAGAAGAACUCUUGAUCGAUCUCUUGAGACCUGAAGAAAAACUUCGCUGAAGUGCUUGAGAGUCAUUAUAUCCAUCAGCAAUGCCUACACAUUCUUGGUUUCCUUCAUCAUUGCUUGGGUCAUCAAGUGCUUCACAUCCUUCCACACCUACAAGUUCCUCUAGCAUGAGUCCAUAUAGAACAUCAGAUCGACCACAGUCUCCAUCUACUGGAUUCCCUUCACCUGCUGAAGCUGCAGGAGUGAUUGCUCGUUUGAGGGACAAAAGCAUUGAGGAGCUGAGGAAGCUUUUAACCGAUAAAAAUGCGUAUGAAGCCUUUUUCAAUUCACUCGAGCAAGUAAAAGACCAGAACAAUCUACGCCGUGAACUUCAGGAGGAGACCUUGCAGCUUGCAAGGGAGAACUUAGAGAAAGAAACUCGCAUCUCGGAGCUCCGAAACCAGUGUAGGAUUAUCCGAACAACUGAGCUUGCUGCUGCCCAAGAGAAACUAAAAGAACUGGAGAAACAAAAGGAUGAGAUUCUGAAGUUCUAUUCUCCUCAGUCAAUGCUCCAGAACUUGCAAGAUGCCAUGAAUAAGAAUGAAGAGGAAUCCGAGAUUCUACACAACAAGCUCCUCGAGAAAGACAUUGACUUGGCAACUUUCUUACAAAAGUACAAGAAACUUCGUAACACUUACCACCGUAGAGCUCUUACGCAUCUUGCUGCCAAGACUUCUGUUACUUAACAAAUGCCAACGGCUUGACUGAUGAUUGUACUGUUGUUAUGAGUUUCUAUAUUCACACCCUUUGACUUGUUUGGCUUGACUGGUGAUUGUAUUAUUUAUAUGGUCAUAAGUUUCUAUAUUGACGUUACCCUCUGACCUGUUUCUAGUUGUGUUAUGAUAGUUGUGUAAUAUUUCCAAUUAUCGUGUAAUAUUUCCAUACCCUUCAACUAUUUUGGAUCUUUUUGCUUAUUAGUUCCUUGCGCUGAUUGUAUUUG